GGAAAGGGACCGCAUUACCGCUGGGUUGCAGCUGCCAUGCUGGAGUUACAUUGGCUGUGUCGGAACUUGGAAGGGAAGGGUUAGACUCAGAAAUUGGAGGAGGAACGAAAAUUUUGGCUGGGUGCUCGCCAAUCCGCCACGGUUCUCUGGCAACGCCAAUCUUAAAUUAUCUUAACUACUGCCAUGGCUGCUGUUGGCUGAUGCCACUGCAGUGCUUCGUAUGCUUACUGCUUGCUUGUCUUCGCCAAGUCACCGUCGACAGGGCCACAAAACCGUAUUUCCCCUGGACCCGAAAGCUUUUAAAACUGCAACCCCAAAUUCGGCAUUUCCAACCCUCCGGAGAUAUAUCUACCUCGUACCUGGCACUGAAGCAAUGAGGGUUGCCAGGAUGUGCUCCUUGUCAAGAUGAGUUCCGACAGUUCUUCGAAUGCCGGCCCGGCCCUGUUGAGUGGUCUCUGGGCGGCCGUCGGCAUCACCACAUUCAUCCUCAUUCUCCGCAUCGCUGCUAAAAUCAAAAUUCGUCACUUCCACAUUGACGAUGUGCUGAUGAUUGCGGCCCUGAUUCUAACCCUCUCUUCCAUGGGGCUUUUAACCAAUUCCGUCCGGCAUGGCUUUGGCAAAGACCUCGAGAGUCUGGAACUGUCAGAUUUGGAAGCAGUGUUGAAAGACAUUGCCAUUCAGGUACCGCUCGUCACGUUCAGCACCGGAAUUGCCCGUUCGUCGUUCGUUCUCUACUUGCUCGGAAUCCUUGGCGGAAAGAAACCAUACCAGAUCGCGCUCUGGACAGCCAUGAUGCUGCAGCUAGUCUGCAACAUCAUCGCCGCCGUUUUACCACUCAGCAUUUGCCGCAAUGUCCGAGCAUUAUGGGUUCCCGGAACGGAGACUACCUGCGGUAACACGGUUGCGGUCAUUCGCUUUGCCUACUUCCAGUCCUCCAUCAAUACCGCGACCGACUUAUUCCUGGCAGUUUUCCCUACUGUGAUCUUCUGGAAUUUGAAUCUAAAACUUCGCAUCAAGAUCAGUUUGAUCAUCCUGCUGAGUUUGGGUAUUGUCGCUAUGAUUGCGUCUAUUAUCAAAACCACCAAGCUCGACCAAGUGCCUAGUGUGACCAAUAUUGGCGCGUCCGGAGGCGUGGAACUGAUCCGCUGGGGUUACACUGAGAACGUGAUCAUCAUCAUGACCUCAUCCAUCCCUUGUAUCCGACCACUUUUGAUCUCCUCUGUGAGGAAAUUCUCCAGCAAUGCCAAGUCACGCUCCUACGAGCUCACUGGACCCUUCAGCGGCAACAAAGGCAAUACGAAAAAUGGCACUGCGCCAUCACAGAAUCAGGAACGGAGGGAUGAUGACGCCGACAGCGUCGAACAAAUCCUGCGUGAGGCCUACCAGCAGAACUCAGCGCUGGAGGCCGGCCGUGGUAUUACGAAACAAGUCGACAUCUCGGUAGUGUCUGAUGGGUCAUCUUUUGGACGAUGAACGAGCACUGAACAACCUACUUUGACGAGACCAUUCGCUCUUUAGAUUUCUAUCUUUUCUUUCUCUUCCUUUUCGGUUCCUAUUUUCCGAUAAUGUCUUUCCUCUUCU